CCGGAAGCUGCGCCGCUUGUUUACAUUGUUCGAGGAGCUGCGAGCGAACGAACCCGCUGCAGCUCCUCUGAGAAAUGAAGGCUGACAGCUGAUCGGGACGGUGUGUUCAUGACGGUGUUCGGCUGUGUUUUCUCCCCCUCGUUUCUCCGGUCAUGGCUGUGGCUCGCUGCUGCUGUCUCUGCGUUACGUUGCCGCUGCUCCUGCUGCGGUGGCCGGGGCUGCUGGUCGCAGCGGAGCAGGUCGCUCUGGUGGAGGUGUUCGUGGAGCAGCGGCCCGGCGUCAGCGCCGUGCUGCAGGGGGAGGUGGUGGAGCCCAGCAAGGGCAGCGGGAGCUCCGAGAACCGGGACGAGGAGCGAAAAGAGCUGGAGGGAGACCUGGUUCUGGUUCGAGAUGAGGAGAACCAGGUAAGCGGAGGAAAAUAUGAAGACGACACCAAAAACCAGGAGCCGUGGAUCGGAGUGGUUCCUGUAGAGAUGGACGACAGCAAAGCCUCCACCGGGAACCAGGAGUCCUUCGCUGAUGCAGUCGUUAAUAAAAUGAAGCGAGCUUUGGUCCUCGGAGCUUCAGCACUGAUCAUCCUGGCUCUCAACCAAAACACCGUCAGCGAGAUGGAUUUGUCUCAGGUGCUGUCGAAGCCCAUCAUUGUGAUCCAGACGUCAGAAAACGUCACCAAGCUGAUCGGAGCUUUGCUCAGGGGCCUUCAUGCAACAGCAAAAAUCACAUACAAGACGAUCCUGCAGGACAACCUGGGAGCCACGCUCACGCUGUGGUCCAGCUGUGGUCGAUCGAGAGGCGGCCGCUACGGAGAGUGGCAGGGGGUCAUCUGCACGGGAGAGACCAACUCUCAGGUCCAGAAAUACCUGCAGCAGCUGUGGGACACCGUCCUGCUGGUGGCGCUCAUCCUCAGUACGGGAGUCAUCGUUCAGGCUCGCUGGCAGUACCAGGACCACGAGCUGAACGACGAGCUGGAGCUGCUCCCUAAGCAGGACGUUCUGAAGAGGAUGUCGUCCCUGAAGACCAAAACUUACCGUCAGCCCAAACCCUGGUGUGAGCCGCUGGAGACGGACAACUGUGCUGUUUGUCUGGAGCCGUUCAACAACAACCAGUGUCUGCGGGUGUUGCCGUGUCUUCACGAGUACCACAGAGAUUGUGUCGACCCCUGGCUGCUGCUGCAACACACCUGUCCUCUGUGCAAACGCAGCAUCCUCAGCAGCGUCUGUAAAGACAGUUAACGGUCGCCUCGCCUCGUCUCCGCUGCAGCAGCUCUGGGAGUCAUCUUGUUUCCACCUCAACGACACUCCGGUAGCUGUUUUUUUUUGUUUUUAAACUGACCUCAAAGCUUCCUCCUUCCUGCAGUGGUUUGUGGGAGCAAAUAUGAACUUGUCACAGCAGCUGAGCAGCCGUGGGAUUUGAACCUCCGACCUUCAGGUGGGUCUCACAGACACAGCGGUGGUGGUAUAAACACAAUGCUCUGAAGUACUGUACCGGUACUGUUGUGUGUAAACAGUACUUCUUCCUGGGAUCUUGUUACUGUACAGCUGUGGAAAUGUUCGUGUGCGUCGACCUGCAGCGGUGACUAAACGUUCAGCUUUUAAUUUGUACAAACUGACGACCUCAGCGAGUAUUUAUGAGCCGGCUGGCAGACUUUCAGUGUUUUCUGGUUGUGAGCAUGAACGUGUCGAUCGCCCGGCCGGCGUCUGUGUUCACUUUAGAUCCAAAUGAUGUCAAAAACAACUCACCAGAGUGGACCAAGCUUCGUCUGGUGUCCGAUCUUUGCAAUCCAGUGUUAGUUGUAGAGGCUGUGCAGGAGUCGGUAACUUAUAUGGGGAAUUGGAGUGUUUUCACUUGUCCUUAACACGCCUUAUAAAGUGCAGAGCGGUGGAAACGCAAAGAUGCUCUUUAAAUAUGCUUUACAGCCUGAGAUUUAUAUGUUACAGCAGCUCAUUUAGUCGUAGUUUUAAACAAUUAGUGAUGAAGAUGUUGAACGUGGAGGUUUGUGGCUGCAGCUGAAAGGUAUGGAAGCGUAUUUGUGCCAUGUUUGUAAAAAGAGAAACGGAUCAGUAUCAGUGUUGUAAUGUCAAAGGUUUGUUGUUAUAGCAAAGUAAUUUUCCCCUUAUCAUGAUUGACCAUGUCAUAACAAUAAGCAUUUCUCAUUAUGACCUAAAAGACUUCAUGUUAUUACACGAUCAUUUUAAUUAUUUGCAUUCUGAAAUUCAUGUCGGAAUGAGAAAACGGGUAAAUUGAAGGGUGUGAUCAACUUCAAUGCAACCUUUCGGGACAUUUUUGGCUUGUUGGUGCACAAAUUUGAGCAAAUAUUAUAUUCAAUCUGUGCCUUCAGUGAGAUCUAAAUCCUAUUCAGAGAAAUCAUUUUUAACCUCAGCUCCCACAAUUUAUUGGCAUAAAAAGUUACACUCAUGACCUUAAAGACAGAAAAAAUCCCAAUUAAAACCCAUGAAAGCAUCUAUUUUUGAUCCCACUACCAUGUUAUGUUUUCAUUCUAGACCUUGGCUUCAAAAUAUUUUAUUCUGUUAUAUAUCAUAAUAUUUUGGUACUUUUAUUUUUGUCUUUAGGUUACUUUUUGUGUUUUUCCAAAUCUGACACUGCAUAAAAAAAUGAAUGCUGUUACUAAUUACUGGCAAAACAUUUUAAAAUCGUGCACGAGUAAUAUUUGUCAGCCUGUCUCUUACCUCAUUCAAACAUGGUUUAACAUGUUAUUGUUCCACCAUAAACUGAAUAUUGUUAUAACGUGGUGAGUUUGCAUGUUUGACCUGAUACUGACCCGUUUUCCUGACGCAGCAGCAGCACACUCCCAUACAGGUAGCUUUUCACUCCCCUUCUGAUUAUUUUUGAAGCUCCCUUCCUUUUAGAAGGUUUUCUGCUCUGAUGCUUCCUGACUCAAAUGUCAAAAAUGCAAACAUGCAUCCUCUUAGGCUGAUUAAUCACAGCUGCCGGGGUAAGGAUCUUAUUAAACUUUCUGGUCCACCACAUGUGAAGCAGCGUAGCGGGUGAAUGGGCACAGAAUUAUGUUCAUAUGUUUACACAGAGAGCCUCUGAUGACAAAAUAAAAAUCACUCGGACUCUUGUGUACUUAAAACGCAAGAAGCACAGAACAGAUUUUAUCAUCAAGGACACAAGGCUCGGUCUGCACAACAAAUAAGAUAUUUUAGUUUGACUACGUAGAUGCUGUUCUGCUGUACAUGUAUGGACUAGAAAGUAUUGUAGUGAACAUGAGGAAGUGAGGAGACACCUGCACAGGUAACCUUUGUACUCGUAUCUGCUGCAGUGAAAACAUAUUUACCAUUUAAAGGAGCACUUUGUGACACAUUUGCCUUCCUGUCUGCAGUAAAUAUGAAGAUUCAUGUAGUAUAAAGAUGUGAAUGAGUGUCAAUAAUCCUCCUAACAGUCCAAAACUUACCAAAACUGUGUGAAUAAUCAACAGAAACGACUGCAGCCGUACUCCAGUGAUGACUCAAACUCGAAGGAUGUCAAAAAAUUAUUGUAUUUAUGUUGUUUUGUUUUUGCAAUGUCAACUCCAAAAAGCAAUGACAUACAUGUGCUUUCCUUUGUUACAAAAUGCUCUGAUAGAUCUGUUCUCUUCAUAGAAAAUAAGUCUGUGCAUGGCAACAUGAGGGAGGGCUCAGAGAUGCGAGGCCUCCUCUGAACAGCGAGUGCUUCCAAAACACAGCAGCAUCGUAACCUACCGAGUCCUGCAGGGUCACGGUAGGAAGGUUUUGAUUUGCAUGUCUUCACAAUCUGUUUUAAGGAGGUCCAUCUGAUCUGUAUGAACAGCCGGUUGUUGGUUUAACGUUUAGGGAAACGCUCAGAUUCUGCAAAGAGGAGAAAUGAUGCAUUAAUUCGUUUUAAAAAGCCAAUCUGUGAUGGUGAAGCUCUGACUGGUUAUUGGUUCAAUCUGUGCCGCUGUGGAUAAAUCCAGCUGUUUCUAUGACAGAUGUUUGUAUUUAUGAGUGAAGUAAACUGAACAAAAGAUGGUCUGUUAGACCAGUUACAAAACAAAUAAGUCACAGCUGUAAUUGUACCAAACAGCCACAUUAUUAUCCUUGUUUAUUAAUCUACUGAUCAUUUUCUUGUUUCUUCAAUUAGUUUUUUGGUCGAUAAAAUGUUUGUCAAAGCCCUAAAUGACAUCCACAACUCAAAGAUAUUCAGUUUACUGUCAUGAAAGAAGCUGAAACCACAGAACAUAGACCACGUAUCCCAAAAAAGUACUCAAGCUAAUUAACUGAUCAUCAAAACAGCUGAAAAUUAAUUUGAUAGUUUACUUCUAAACAUUGCUGCUCUCUUUUUUUUUUUUAGACUUAUUUCGUGUAUCUUAAACUGCAGCAUUUGUGAGCUGCUAACUGGCUUGUUUUAAAUGGUGAUUUGGUUUCAUAACUGAUCAUUAUUCAGACCUAACUGAACAAACAUCUGUCAGUAACAGCUGGAUGCAUCCACAGCAGCAGCUGAAACAAUAACCAUGAAUGUACCACAGCUUCACCGUCACAGAUCAGCUGUUUAAAAUGACAGACCGACUGUUCACAUGAAUCAGAGGGAAUGUGAAGCAGAUUUCUAAAUCUUCUCGCCGUGACGUUUCCAGAGCUCCGUAGUCAGAAGAUGGUUGUGGAGGAGUUAUUUAGUUUGUGACAACACUUGAACGCUACACGCUCACACAGAUGAGCAGUAAAAGCAGCACAUCAGAUCUAAUCACCAGGUCAGUUACUGUUCUUUAAAGCUACAGAGGAGAAAAGCCACUGGCGUCUCUGCAUCUUAUUCCUAUGUCGUCUAUCGGUCGAUUAUGAUGUCAAAGAAACUUCAUUCUAUCACUCUGGAUCUUAAUAAAUUUCUUUGUUACUUGGCAAAAGAAAAA